AUGAAAGCCAGUCAGUUCGGUUGGGUUUUUUUGGCUUCCGCUUUCAUUCGAUUGGCCAUCGAGGUGGUUGGAGAUCCCAACACCUUUUACACAGAAUACAGUUCCAGUCAAAAGAAAGCCUACGCUGUCAUAAAUAACAUCCAUAUUUUUGGGGAGUCAAACUACAUGAGGACGAAGACCUACAUCCACGAAGAUCGCAGCCAUUUCGAUGUAUAUGUCCAGUUGGUUAAUGAGCUGGGCAGCAACCAUCUGAUCAUCAACAUAAAGGUGCGAGUGAAGCCAGAAGGAGAUAGUGCUUUCGUGGAUCUCUUCGAAUUGCGUCGGAUCAACUUUUGCGAAUUCCUCAACGACUACAACUCAAAUCCGGUGAUACGAUAUAUGUUUAAGAAAAGCAUGAAGCUGAGCGACGUUAUCGUGUGCCCCGUACGCGUGGGAAACUAUUCCAUUCUAAACUCCGAUGUGGCCGGAAAUAUGCAAACGGAAGGGAUCCAGAAUGGCACCUACAAGUUCUUUGCCGAAAUUGUCGAGGAGAUGGGAGAGAUUGCCAAAGUAUUCGCCCUCCAAGUCACCUCGAGGGUCUACGUUGUAGACAAGGAUUCCAAAUGCAAGACCCGUAGAAAAGUUUUAGAAUGUGCUUAG